CGUGCCAUCCCCUCCGUGCCAUCCCCGCUGCCCCUGGUCAGCCUCAGGUCCUGCGGGAAAUGUCUUUCUGUCCUUGAACAAUAUUCUUGAUGGGACAAAGAAGUGGACGCCAAGAAAGAAGCAAGAAACCAGAGGUGGCACUAAGCGAGACCAUGGAGGCAGAAAUUGAAGUACAAAAUAACAAAGAGGAAAUCGAAGAGGUGAAGGCAAAAAACCAGAAGCUGGCAUCAGUCUUUGGUGUGGCAGACUUAAAAAAUGAAGCUGUUGGACUGUACAAUCUUGGACAGACCUGCUGCCUGAACUCCCUGCUCCAAGUGUUCUUCAUGAAUAUCCGCUUCACAAGGAUACUCCGAAGGAUCACAGUGCCGUCUCCUGCACGGAGGAGGAGCAGUGUCCCGUACCAAAUGCUCCUGCUGCUGGAGAAGAUGCAGUGUGGCAAGUGCAAAGCUGUUUGUCCCACAGACCUGGCUUACUGCCUUGCAGAGCACAGAGUGAAAUUGUUUGUGCAGUAUGAUGCUGCUCAGCUCUUUCUGACUCUCUGGAACUUGUUAAAGAAGCAGAUGAAAAACCCAGAGCUGGUUGAAGAGCUGAGUGAUUUGUACACCAUCCGCAUACAGGAGCAUCUGGCCUGUCAGAAAUGCUCAUUUGAAAUAAAGAGCAACAGCACCAUGUUAACCCUUCCACUCCCAGUGCUAGAUGCCAAUUCUCACAGGCUGAAGACUCUGGAGCACUGUCUGCAAUAUUUCUUCCUUCCAGAGAAGCUGACUGGACAAAACAUGUGUUUCUGUCAGCAGUGUGGGAGGAAAACACCUUUUCUGCAGAGCAUGGAGCUUGUCCACCUGCCACAGACUCUGACCUUGCACCUGAAGCGCUUCUGCUUUGAACGAUCCUCUCGCACGCACAAGCUGAGUCACUCCCUGCCAUUCCCACAGGAGCUCGAUUUCAGGGAAGUCCUGACAGAAAAUCAGUGCCAAGCAGAUGACAGGGAAAAGGCUACCUGGCAGUAUGAGCUUUUUGCUGUGGUUGCUCACUCAGGAUACUCCAGCUGUGGCCAUUACUGUGCCUACAUUCGGAGCCUCACGGAGUGCAAAUGGUAUUGCUUCAACGAUUCUCAGGUUUGCCAGGUGUCGUGGGAUGAUGUUAAAUGCACCUAUGGACGUUCCAACCUCAACUGGAGAGAAACAGCCUAUCUCCUGUUUUACAUGAAAAAGCACCCUCAGCAGCCCAGUCCAGGAGUAUCAGAAUGUCUCUGAAAGCUGUGCAUUGUCCAUGGAGCUCAGCACCUCUGUGCCAGCGUGGACAUGUACAAGCAUUCCACAAGGAAGACAUUCUGCACUCAGCAACCUCGGUCUUCACAUUUAUUUAUGGAAAAAAAGUGCAGCAGACAUCAGCUAGAGAAAGGAUCUAGGAUCUGUUGCAACUAGAGACCAUUUGUUUUGUGUUGGGUUUUUUUCUUAUAUAUUUAUGUGACUCUACAUGUUCAUUUCCUCUUUAAAAGCUGGUGAAGUUAGUCCUUGUCUCUGCUGCCUUACCAUUUUCCCCAAUGCUGGUGCCUGGAUUCCAGUCCAGGAGAAGUGCUUGACUUGAAAGCCUGUGUGAUAUUCCAGGGAGGUGUGUGGUUUUACUGGAGAGCUGUGGGAGCCAUACAGAGCCAGCAAGGGCUUGAGAUGCACUUUGUCCUUUUAGCACUAUGUUAGACCCCAAAAAAUCACCCCAGAAACAGCUGGAGGAAGGAUCAGAACCCUUGUGACAUCACACACUCCUAAAAACCUCCCUGAAAACGAAUCACUGCAGCUGAGAUGUGCUUCAAAUCAGGAGCUAUUGGAGCAGUUCUGAUUUACUAGAGGAGUUUGUAUAAAUUUGUGCAGGUGAUUAUUAUUUCAGCAGGGUUAUCAGGCUUUUAGAUGCAUUUUCUUUCCUGUAGAAGACAAUAUUCAGAGCAGCAGAGAUUCUGAAGCUGGUUAGUGGUUUUGCACAAUCCAGGCCAUACAUGGUGGUAGGGGAAGUGAGAUGCCUUGAUGUGCUUGAGCUUUUGGGAUUUUUGGUUGUGUGGCUUUUAAAGCACUUGUGGUGUUAACUCUUGCUGAUCCUAUUGGAUUGAGAAUCCCAGCAGUUUGAGACCUGGAAGUACCUUCAACCUAACACACCCCAUGACUGAAUCUUUACAAAGGUGCU